GAAUGGGGAGCUGGGCUUGGCUCCAGCUGCUCCAAUUCCUUUCCUCUGGAUUCUGAUAGGUUUUUGGGGUGAGGGGAGAUGAGCUGAGUGAUCACACGUGUCCCAGCUCAGUCUCCCCUCUAACCACCUCAGACCCCACCACAUUUAUGGAGAGAAAUUAGCCAGUAAAACUUAAAGAACAAGAAAACUACAUUCAAACUAAGCUGGAAAAGAAUAUUUGUACAACCUGUGAUUGUGAGAGUGGACAAGUCUUCUAGCUAAGCCUAUGAGCUUUGAAACCACAGCAAUCACUUUCUUCAUCCUCCUUCUAAUUUGCUUCGUUUGCAUCUUCCUUUUAUUGGUGGUUUUUUUAUAUAAAUGUUCCCAAAGCAAAGUUGAAGAGACAGAAAAAGUUCCUUGUAUAGAUGGUAAUGGAGGUGAAAAAUGUGUAGCUGCUGCUAAUGUGGAGACAAACAAUACAGGAGACCAAGAAAAGACUCUCGUAACACAAAUCAUAGACUUGAAUGCACCCACAAGGCCUGGCAUUCUUGUCCAGAGACGGAGUAAAGACGUGGAGGACACACCUUUAGAAAACAAAGAGGAGAUGGAGGACAAGGAAGACAAAAUGAAAGAGAAGCAAGAGCCUAAGAAUGUUAAAGGGAAUGGCGAAGAGAAUCCUAGGAUUUUAGAGCUGGCGGAGUCCUUGGAGAUCAUCUAGGGAUCCAGGUUUCUCAUGUUACAAAUGAGAAAAUGGGAUGAAUUGUGCAAGGUCAUUCCUCCACCGUGGCCAAGAUCAGGAUCAGACCCCAUGUCCCUGUUCUGGUUCCAGGCUCCUUGUACAAUAGCACACAAAGAUUGCCCGGACCUUCUUGAGCUCCCUGUCGGGACCCUAUGAUAGGAACAGUUCACAUCUUCCCUCAACACAAGGCCCAUGCCCAGAGGCAGAACGAUGGUUCAGGGGGCUCUUUUAUAACCAUAGAAAUAUGAAAAUGAGAUCAUGAUGGAUUAUCACUGCUUUCCUGUGUCAUUUAGAAACACAUCUUCUGUUUCUCACAAUGUU